GAUUUUAAUUAAAUUAAAAUCCCAAACAAACAAGCUCUAAAGCAAAACGCUGAAUUGGAUAUUUCUCGGCGGCUUCGAUAACUCCGAUGGAUGACACGCUUUAACUCACUUUUGCAGAGUCUCAUAAAACUCCAUUCCUUUAACCCACAAUUAUAGAUUUUAAAUUUUACUGGCAAGGAAUUUUUUUCCUUUUAUAUUAGUCGUAUGAUAUAGGUCUCUAAAUACUAUCUGUAAAGAAAGGAAAUUGGGAAAACAGAUAUCCAUGGCUGACCCUUCCGAGGAUUUGGACCAGCUUCUUGACAGUGCUUUGGAUGAUUUUCAGAACCUCAAUCUCACCUCUUCUGCUCAAAGAGGUGUGAGUAAUGAAAAGAUUGAUGAUGGUAAGGGACAGAAGAAGCAAGAUAGUUCAUCUUCACUGUCAAGUGGGGGUGUUCAAGGAUUGGGGAUGGGGUUGCCUGAUUUGAAGAGUAAGAAAAAGGGCAAACAAAAGGUAGCAAAGGGGGAGUCCCAUGUUUCUGAGGCUCUUGAUAAGCUAAGAGAGCAAACGAGGGAAGCUGUCAAAGGUUUAGAGUCAGUGACAGGUCAGAAACUUCCACCGGGUGGAGAAAAUUUCGGGAAUGAUGCGAUGAUUGAGGAUUGGGUUAAACAGUUUGAGGAACUUGCUGGCUCUCAGGAUAUGGAGUCAAUGGUGGAGACCAUGAUGCAGCAGCUUCUGUCAAAGGAAAUUCUUCACGAACCUAUGAAAGAGAUUGGAGAAAGAUAUCCGAAAUGGUUGGAAGACAAUAAACCAAGCUUAUCCAAUGAAGAAUAUGCACGUUAUUUCCACCAGUAUGAGCUUAUAAAAGACCUAAAUCAAGUUUAUGAUAGUGAGCCAGAUAACUUCAACAAGAUUGUUGAGCUCAUGCAGAAAAUGCAAGAGUGUGGUCAACCACCCAAUGACAUUGUGCAAGAGCUUGCUCCAGAUUUUGAUCUAUCAAAUCUUGGACAACUGUAAGUGCAAUAUGUGAUUGCUUCU